CACUUUCAUAAAUUCCUUUCUUUCUAUUUUUCCUUUCCAGUUUGCCUUUCAUUUCCCCUUAGAUUUUGCAUCCACCUUCUAAAUCCCUAAUUUCAAAAACUCCACCCACUUCCGGCUGCACCGUGUUUCUCUUAUUGCUGUUCUUUUUCCUAUCUCCAUUAUUUUACACCCACUUUCAUAAAUUCCUUUCUUUCUUUUUUUCCUUUCCGGUAUGCCUUUCAUUUCCCCUUAGAUUUUACAUCCACCUUCUAAAUCCCUAAUUUCAAAUAAACUCCAAUUUAACAAAAUUUAUAGGUGCUUCUUCUUCCUCUCUCCAUUAAUUCCAUGCCUGCAUAUGUAGAUUUCUCACUUGCAAUGGAAACGAACUCCAAUUUAUCGAAAAAUACAGGCACAAGACCCAUUGAUUGCCUUCCAUUGAUUCCCUACUGUCUCCCCUUUUAGUGGGUUUCGAUGGUGCCCAUACGUUACCGGCUGACUGUACAGACCAUGUCAGCGGGCAAUUAUUUUAUUUGCCGGCUUGCCCCUUAUUUAAACUUAUAGCAUGCCACAUGUGCAAUCACGCAAAACGGAUACAGUACGGGAACGAAAUAGACGUCUCCUCUAUAGGUCACGGCCAGUGUUAUAAACCUCCCAUUGACAAGCUACAGAAAUUACUAGUGUUUAACCCCCACUAGUAGGGUUACAGAAACGAACCAGUUCUAUCAGUAACAUGUCGACAUGUGCUAGCGUUUAUAAACCUCCCACUAGCGGGCACACGAAUAACAUGACCAUAUCAGAGACAAAACAGGCAGAAGUUAACAGAAAAAUCACGAUUCACAAUCACUUUCAAAUCAUCAGGAUAGUCAUUUAAACUUUCAAGUAGGCAUGCUCAAUUUAAUGAAAAGCAUAAAACAUUUCACUUCAAAUCAGUUAUGCUUGUGUAAAAUGGGUUUAGUCCCGCCACCACUUCAAAAACAAAUCAAAACAUGCUUUUAAAACAAUACGGGCAUUACCAUAAAUUUACUUACCUCACUCGCAUAAAACCGAGCACUCAAUCUCAAUGCUAACUGACAGAACGAUCGGGAUCCUAAUCAAAACACCUCAGAAUU